CUAGUGAAAAAGUUAAAAAAAUUGUGUGAAUAUUUUUUUUUUUUUUGAUUUAAGAGUUUAACAAGAACUAAGUAUUGCGAAAAAAUUGCAAAAGUUUUGUGAAAAGUUGAAACCGUUACUUUGUGUAACUAUGGAUUUGAAACGCACGUGACAACGCGCCUAAAAAUAGCUACAGACUUCAAAUGCUACCGUUCUCAUAGCAAUGCUUAAGUGGGCAAAACAACAAAACACACAUCUCCAAGCCCUUCCACUUUCUCUCAACUCCACAAAUCUAUACAGCGAACUGCCUUGCAAAAACAACAACACUGCUUUUGACACUCAUACUUAUCGAAACGUAAACAACUCCUCCAAUAAAAACGUCACUGACAACACCGCCCAACCCACGUUUUCUGUUGAACGCCGGUCCACAGAUAAUUACCUUAAAAUACAUCAACAACUUAUUUUCGCAAACAACCACGCCCCCAAAAAAAUGCCCACUAUGACGCACGUGCUUGAACGCCGCCGCAUACAACGCUAUUCACUCGACAACCAACUGGAAACGCAUUCGCCGCGUCACGUUCGUCACUCACUCACCAGUACCGCAAAUAAAGAAAAUUUCGGCGUACAUUUUACGCGUAGUCCUUUCGGAAACACGAGUCUCACCGCCUUUCAGGACCUCAGCAACGGCAAGAGUCCGUUGCGCGUUGACUACACGCCCACGCGCCCCGCUCUGCGCUGUCAAACGCAAGCCAAUGUGCCAUUGAACGUGAAGCGUCGGAAUGCAAAUAACAGCGACACACCGACGACGCGUAAUCGUUUCUCCGAUGAUUUUGCGACCACAGAGCCGGAGGAUACGCCGCUUAGCCAUUUUCGUUUCCGCAAUGCAUCGCGCGAUGAAUCACUCUCCUCUUCGCGCAUGGGCGAUGUGACGCUAGAUCGGAUGUUGGAUGCAAUUAUAGAGAGCGCACGCAAAGAUGUACAACGGGUGCAGGCAAUGGGUCACACAGAGAGCAACCAACAGUUACAAGCAACGCGCGCGCAGGGCAGCAGUGAUUCGCCGGCCAUCGUUAGCGACAGCGAAAUGAGCAUCCAUGAAAUGGAGGUGCGUACGCCGACGCAUUUAAAGCGGCAGCGCGUUGUGCGGCGCAAGAACACCAAGACAACAGACGCGCGUCGGAGAAUAGCCCAGGAAGCGGCCGCAGCUUCACGACUGACACCACCGCAGCCGCAACCACUGAUAGGCCUGACGCUACCCGAUGGCAUACCAAGUCCGGACACACCGCUCUUCAAGCAUGGCAGCACGACUCGCGCUGAACUUUUAGCAAUGCAAACACCACCAAACUCAAUAUACGUCGUUGACUGUAAUUAUGCAGCAACAUCUGCAGCGGCAGCAGAGAUUACUGAAGCUGAGCUACAGCAGCGCAGCUCAACCCCGACGCUGGAAGAGACGUAUUCGAUCAAGCGUUGUCUAAGCUUUUCAUCGGCCAGCGACGAGGAAGACGACGCGGACUUUAGCAGCGCCGCAAAACGAAGCUCGGUGGCGUCCUCCAAUACGAGCUCCAUGAUGGGCGAUCACUUCGGUUCCGGACGCGCAUCGCGGAAUUCGCAGGGCUCAUGGAAAGGCCCGAGCAGCAACGCCGUGCGUGGAAAUGUGGAGGUGUCUAUACACGUAGAGCGGCAGCAAUUAAAUGUACAUGUUAUACGUUGUCGCGAUCUACAGCGUCCAAAUGGUUCUACUGCGCUGAAUGCGUACGUUAAGGUAGCGCUGAUACGCAACAAACCAGCCAAUAAGCCAGCGGAGAAUUACUUCCAGCGUACGGCUGUGCAUCGGCAUUCAAGCCGUCCGUACUUCGAUCACCGCUUCAGAUUUGAUUUGAGCGCACAGGCGCAGGCGCAAACGGAAACGGAUACUGCUGUCGCGGGCGAACGUCUGCAAUUGGCUGUGUGGCACAGAGACCGCCGACUAAAACGGAGCGAGUUUCUAGGAUGUAUGUCCUUUCCUCUACAGACGUUGCUGCAGCAACCCGUUAACGGCUUCUACAAACUACAAUCGCAGGCAUGUCUGAAUAAUCCACAGCCGCCAGUGUCGUUGCAGUAUCCGGCCGUUGCUACACACGCGCCGCACACUCAAGGCCACACGCACCCAAUCUCGUGCCCAGCGCCACUCAAUCCCAAUCACACUCACGCCCAGCCGCAGCCACAGUCACAAUCGCAGCCGCCACCAAAACCCCAAGUCCAACCCCAACCAUUUGUGCCACAGACGCGUCUCGUCACCGCCACAUCUACAAUGACCUCAACACUGACGCGCCAGAAAAGCGAGGAGGAUGUCGUAAGCAUCGACAGCAUGGCUCAGGCGACUGCCGGCGGCAACAUCGAACAUCCGAUGACACUGAGCCGGAAGGCUUUGCAUCAGCGCGACGCCGAUGAGAAUUUAUUUUUGCGUUUCCUCGAAUUGGAUCCGCCCACUGAGACGACAGCGCCCGCAAACGCCGCCAAUGCCACACCAAACGCCUCAGGUGCACGGCGUCUAUCUGCUGCCAGCAAGCCAGUCGGUCGCACACCUUUCACCAUGACCAAGAAGCUGACACGCACUGCCGAACGAGGCUUUGGCUUCUCCAUUGUGUGGACACAUCCACCGCGCGUCGAGAAGAUUGAGCCCGGAAUGUCGGCCGACCGUGCCGGCAUACAGCCCGGCGACUAUGUGAUUUUCGUAGACAAGCAGAAUGUGGUGACGAUGCCCGAAGCGGAUGUGUUAAAUUUAAUACGCUCACAGGGCUCCACCUUAACGCUGGAGGUGUUCAGAAGAUCAGGACCCACUGGUGGUGGUGUUGGACUCGGUUCUAUGCCGCCAGCGCUCAGUGUUGGCAGUCGUGGGCAUCCAGCGGCGCCGGUCAUGAAUGGCAAAACUACAUCAACUACACGCCUAGCCGGUGGCAUAAGCGAUGAACAACAGUCGGUAGCGGGUGGUACAGCGCCAUCAGUGCGACGCGUUGGCGUGGCAAGCGCAGCACCAACGGUGGCUGUGGGGCCGUCAGCAGGGGCCUCCACAAUGAAUGUUCGUCCGUCCACAGCCUGUUCAGUCGGCACCACCUCGUCCAUUGAGGCGGCGAAGAGGCGACUGCACCUGCCGCAGGUCACCUUCAGUAAGGAGUCCAUCGGGCCCAUCACCGACAAUCGUCGUCGCUUGCUGCUACAGCUGAUUAGCCGCGAACAGAAUUUCAUCGCGGCGCUGCAUUUCGGCAUGCAGCGAUUCGUGCAGCCGUUGCAGGAGCGAAAAGAUCUCAUUUCGCCAAGCGAUCAUCGCACACUCUUCCAGAAUAUCGAUGAGCUGGUGCGCAUCUCCGAGGAUAUUUUAGAGCAGCUAUGCAACGAUGACCAGGAGCCACAGAUGAACUUCGCCUCACGCGUCUAUCUCUCGAAAACCACAGCAAUCUGCGCGGCCUACAAGAAGUAUUGCAAUGGCAUUAAGCGAGCCGAUUGUGUGCUGGUCAAUAAGUCUCGGCAGAUGGGCUCUGAGUUUGUUGCCUUCAUAACCGAACCGCAAGUGCCACGCAAGCGUCCCGAUCUCACCAUGUUCAUUCACAGGCCUUUACAGCAUUUCCGCGAAAUAUUGAAACUAAUGCAGCUACUCGCUUCCAACUGUCACGUCGACACGGAGGAGCACAAGAACUUUACCACAGUUAUUUCGGAACUACAGGCCGCUUAUCGUGAGAUAACCGUUAGCAGUGGCUUGAUGGAGCCGCUGGGCGAGGGUCGACCUUUGCUCACGUUGCAAGAUCUCGAGUCCCGCAUGGUCUUCACGAAGUGCAAGCCAUUCACGCUAGCCGUUCAGGGACGCCAGUGGAUUUUUGGCGGCGACCUGUCACGCGUGGAAGGCCGCUCCGUGAAACCUUACUGGACCUUGCUCUUUAGUGACAUCAUCGUAUUUGCAAAGGUCAGCCGAGAUCGCGUGCUGUUCAUAACCGAGGAGCCCAUUCCAAUCGCCAAUAUUGUAGAUUCAUGCUUUCACAUGCGCAAGAAAACCACAGAGUUUCGACUUACAGUGGAUCCCAACGGACGCUUAGCCGAAAGUCCAACGGGCUAUUGUGCACCAGAUUUGACCCGCACACCAAAGAAGAGUGCUCGUCGCAAGAGCCUCUUGCUCCGUGCGCCCUCUUUAGAACUAAAAGCUGUCUGGCAGAAUCUUUUGCAACGUCAAAUUUUCCUGGUGAAUGCCGCGCUUGGCUCAACGCCACUCUCCAGUCCACUAGAUUCUCCCGAUGUGCUCAACACUUUGGUGCCCCUUAGUGAUAUUGGCAUCGCGUCCGCAUCCAUAGGCUCGGUGAAACACUUAUCCAUGGACAGCAUCAACGCGAAGAACAGCCAGCAACAGCAGAAACGCCAUUCGAACGCAUCCGAUCAAAUCGAGAUGCUAAUCGACGAGAAGUGCCGCAUCCUGAACAAAACUGGCACCUCCAAGUCCAACGCGCUCCACCUUGCCAACUGGAUGAAGGGUCAGCUGGAUAAACAGCAGGAGCAGGCUCGUCUGGCGGCUCAGCGUUCGCGGUGCGCUGGUGUGUACCUCACUUAAGGUGCAGCAUAGCCAGUCGUCGCCUAAUCGCUGCUGCAGACUCAAUGGCAACGUCAGUCAGGCGGGCAGCACCACCAGCAUAUCAUCGAGUACCAUAACGGGCGACCAGCCCAGCGAACACUCAUCCAAGGUAGUGGCUAGUAGUAGUAAACGUGAGACAGGCGACACGGAGAGUGAUGUGGCCCAACUAAUCACCGACGAUAUUUCGCAAUCAGAGGCCACGGACGACAGCAUUGGUGGGAUACCAAGCAGCAGCAGCGGCGUCGCCGGUGUCGACGAAGCGCGACGACGACUCGCCGACAGCUUCAGUAAACUACGAAUUUUAGACGAGCGACGUGAGGCACGGGAGUUAGAUGGCCAACUAGGGCCGCGGCCUGUUGCCCGAAGCCAGGAUCUCAUGCAGAAUCAACAGACAGCUUUAAUGAAUGGAUAUUGCUUGUCGAAUUCAUCUGGAGGCGAUGGGGACAGCGGUAGUAAAGUGGGCAAAGAUAAGAAGCCACAUCCACAACCAAGAACAUACAGAGUAACACUGCAAACUGCUACAGAGGAAACCACAAAGGAGGCCGCCGAUAAUAAGGUCAAAACCACUGUCACUAUUGCCGAAACGGCGCAAAUUAUUCGUACACAAGAACAAGACCGGGAACAAGUAGGAGAUGCGAGCAUUUAUAAGUCGACGAGUACACCAAAAAAAUGUCUCAGAUCAGCGCAUAAUCCACUAACACCAAAAUCACCAAAGUCACCCGGCACGCCAUCGCCAUUAUCUCGUUUCACGCCAUGCAACUGUCAGUGUACACCCGCUGAUUUUCAAAAUAGUACGUUAAGCCCAGAUGAGUUGGAGCAGCAGACAUGUAAAAUUAUCGAUUCGCCGAAGCAGUCCCCGCAGAUGCCACGUCGGCUGGAACUCCAGCAAACAGAGAACACUAUAACUGAAAAGCCGCACAAGCACUGCAAGUGCGUUUGCGGUGGACAACCGCCGCAGGUUGGUGCAGAAGACGAGGUAUCGUCUUUCGUAUUUGCGGGUUUGACAGCGAGACAGUUAGGAGCAAAGCCCACACCUACGGCUCCAGUGCCGACACCGACGUUUGCCACUGCGGCAGCUUCUAUUUGCGAAACCAACUUCGUACCGACUAUUGCCGUAGUGCCACCCACGCCUGAAGCAACUCUCACCAUGACCUCCACGAAUGUUUGGGACAACAGUGGGAUAAAUCUAACGACUGGCACAGCCUCACAGCAACAGCUUAGUAACACACCGCGGCAGGCAAUCAUCGAACACAUACCCGAAGACUCCUGUGAUGAGUCACCGCUAGACGAAGAGCUGCCAUAUCGUCCCAUGAGCAAUGCCUUACGGCGUUACGGCACCAUGUCUAGUCUGGAGAAGCUACCCUCCGACGAUCGCAUAGACGGAGAGCUUGAUGAGUUAGACAACGACGAUGACAAUGCAAAUGAUAUGAUUGAUGUGGCCGACGAUGACGAUGACGAUGAUAUGGAUGACAACGCACGUGCCGACACGGUGGACCAUGUACGCGAGACAAUCAAGUCCAGUGUGUACACCAGCGAGGAGGUGGCCGGCGGGUCAUGUGUGCUAGUAGGCGGCGUGUGGACAAGUCGGACAAGUGGGCUGGCCGGUGGUAACAAGAUGUCGUUUUUCGAAGAGUCGCGCGCAUUUAUCGACAAAUACUUGGGUAGAUGGAACCAAGACCAGACAACAUCGUCGACCGCGGCCACAACUUCCGAAACCGACGAACAAGCAGACGAAUGCACCUCGGGCGCAACGUCCGGCGAAGAAGUGUGGGGUACACCAACAAGCGGUGGCGACAACGACGAUAUGCAGCUAAUGAACUCCGAAAAUACGUACUCGUCGCCAACUAAAUCGAGCAACUCACUAAAUGAUGAUGACGAUACGGAGCUAAUGAUGGAUGAGUUGCUUAUGGCUCCGCCAAUGACGGCCAGUACAAUCCGAGGUCUAUUGCCGCGACGUCGCCUAGAACCACUUUUCGAGGAGGAGACGGAAAGCGACGAAGAGAAGACCCAACAGGAAAGUGAAGAUGUCAAAAAGGGGGAAACAACGACAAAUGGCCACUAUUUAAAGGAUUCAGCUGGAAGCUCAAGCGACGAGGAUCUCUCGACCGAGGACAGCUACGAGCUGAGGAAGGAGGAAGAGGCCGCGAAGUCGAUGCGGAUACCGAUCGAACCGAACGCAGCGAGGGCACCACGUACACCUGGUCCUAUUCCACCGCCGGCGUCAAGGCCGAUGAGUUGGGAACAGGCGUUCACCCAGUCGCAGCCUCCGCAUCUAGUGGACACCGCGCAUCUGCCAGUCGCUGUUCUGAAGGCAUCAUCCUGCGAGUACCUACUCGAACAGCGUACAAUGGUGCCGUUGCGCACCACGAGCAUUACCAGCAGCCCGCCUACAGCGAGAGCCGCGUCGGCAGGAGCGAAAUCGCUAAUGCCCACGCAAUUGGCGACGAUGGAAGUGGAGGUAGAGACGGCAUCCCAGCAGACACUCACGAUGCAACUGGAGAUGAAAGCGACGAUGAGGAGUACUACUACUAUGAUGAUGACGACGACGCGGACGAUCAAGACGCCGCCAACGCCACGGAGGCAACCUCCUUCAUCGACUUCUACAACAAUCAGCAGCGCGAGCGCCAGUACCGCGAACAACAGCUGCAGCAUCGCCAGUGGGACUACCCAAACUACUACCAGCGUAUCCACAACGACUGUGCGGCCGGCGAAGUUCGUGCCGCCUCCACCACCACCGCGCCGACUGUUGCUGACACCAACAAAUUUGCAGACAAGUGGCGAGAGUCAAACGAAGGCGCCAACACCACCUCGACGAAGUUCUGGCGCUUCUGCUGACGCUGGCUGCUCAGCGGCUGCCACCACCGGCGCCGCAACAAGCAGCGCAAGUGCCCCGCACGCAACCGCUACGCCUACCACAAAAGCACCACCGUCGGCAGCGACGGAGACGGCGACAGUGAAGCUGACACCAGCAAGUGGCAGUCAACGUUCUGCUGCAGCCGGUACCGCGGCUACCACAACCGCAAAGCGUGCAUCGUCAACGAUAAUCGAGACGUCGCUGCUGGGGUCGGGCGACAGCAAGGCAGUCUCCACAUCAUCAACAACAGCUUCGAAGACGACGAAGGCGUUACAGCAGGAGCGGCGGACACAGGCAUCCCAGAAAGCCUCAGUCGUAACAGCGACGAAAACGGUGCCAAAGACUCGCGACGACAGCUCUUCAAAGUCGGCCACUGCCCUAGUGCCCAUUGGUUCCGGUUUAAGUCCACGUCUAGAGAUGCGACUGGCGCUCAAUCACGACAUUCUCGGCGACGAAGACUUGAUAUGCUACGAUCCUGGUCCCGAUCUAACAACAAUUCUGGGGCACGACCUCUCCACAUUUCAACGACUGACGGGUCGCGAUUUAUUGAAUCGUUCAGCAACGAACCGCGUUCAGCCAAAAGAGGCUGUCAUAUCGUUCUCACAACAGCGAAACUCGAAGAUGGACACACCGACGGUGAAUCGGCGUCCACGUCCGAGUUACGCCAGCGCCAGCAGCUCCCUAACAGCCGGUUUGGGUGGUGGCGCUCGCGUCGGCGGCGCUCCACAACCCCUGCAACCAAAUCGAAAUACAUGGAGCAAUUCUGCAUCUGCGGAUCGGAGCAGCGACGUCUGCGCAAGAGGCGGCGGAAACAGCAAAAGCUACAACUACAACACCGACGAGAGCAAAUUAAGCGAUCUCGAAAUCUUAGCGAGACGCGAGAAGACAUACUGCAUGUCUCAAUUGAGGAGUGGCUCACGAGCCAAGACGAAGACAAUGGCGAUGGAGACAACAACCACAAUGGCAAUGGAAGCAAUGGCGGCGACGAUGAGCAGGGAUUCAUCGACAAGUCCUCAAGCGACGAUGGCGAGGAGUACUACUUCGCCGGGCGCGGAGACUGAAAGCGGUAACACCCGAGUACGAAGGAUCGGACGCGAUGAGAGUGCGCUCAUUGACGCGGGCAAAGGAUCCCGGUUAAUUAACUUCAUCAAGCGACGCAACUCGGAAAGUCCGAACCGUUCCCAGAGCUCACUAAGCGAAUCCAACGCCAGUGGCACACCAGUCCACCGGCUAGCGGUACAGAUGUCGCCGCGAAAAGAUAAUGAUAAACCCUCGCUUAAUCGCCGACUGUGGAAGCAGAUCACUAAAAGGCGGCGCGCCAACUCAGUAUCGGAGGUAGCCGCCAGCUAAUUUUGCACGCACAUGCCGCCAGCGACACUCCCACGCACAUCCAAGAACUGUUCCCCGAAUUCACGCCACUGUCUGUCUCAAACAAAAUCCGUGCAAUUUGAUAGUUAAAAUUCUCCAAAUCUAUGGCUAAUGAGCCGAGCAAAAACACGAGUAGCAAACUAUUGAAAUAUUUUUAUAGAAUGUAAGCGUAAUUGUUGUUGUUAUUUGUAGGAAAUGCUAAAGAGCACGAUAGAACGGGGCGAUCAGCACGACAGAAUGGUCGUCAGAGAUAAACUGCUUUUAGCAAAAAUUAUGAACUUUUCGGCAAAAAAAAAACAAAUUUCUGCAGUGGAAGAAUUUGUAGAGCAAGCGAAUUUUGGUAGUAGUGAAAAGGUAGGAAAGCGCAGAAAAGCGAAACAAACACAAUCGAAGAAAGACGCUUGCUAGCGGUCAGUGUGCUCGUUAAAGGGUAGUAAGAUGGUUGAUUA